AUGUGUUCUGCGGUUUCAGUAACACUUCCAUUUUUCAUCCCUUUUUCUUGUUAUGGAAGUUGUGCCUUUAUUCUGUUUUUAGCUGGUUUGUUUUUUUUGGUGGUUGGCAAUACAAUUGGGCUGGUUCUUCCACGAAUUAUCUUCAUGUUCAUCGAUAUCAAUAACGGAAAUGAGACUAAAAUGCCUGAUAAGGAUAAAUAUCUUGUGAUUGCUGCGCAGUAUCUGAAGCUGCAUAACAUGGUGAUGUUCACCCUCUUCUUCAUCGUUGCUGCUUCCUAUGGUAUUCGGCAUUACUGCAUGCAUACUGCAGGUCAGCUUGUCAUCAAUAACCUGAGACGAUCGGUUUUCAACUCGGUUAUCAGUCAGGAUAUGAAUUUCUUUAGUACGAACAAGGUCGGUGAGAUUGUGAGCCGUCUUUCGACCGAUGCGCUGAUUGUAGGACAAUCCGUGUCGUCCAAUCUGACAGUCGGUGCCCGUGCUUUCAUGUCCUUUUUCGGCUCUGCAGCCAUCAUGAUCUAUACAUCGCCGGAAUUGUCUAAAGUGGUUACAUGCCUUACAGCGGCAAUCGUUUCUUCGGGAUAUUGUUUUGGUAAUUUACAAAGGAAAUAUACAUUGCAAAUGCAGGAGGCUGUUGCCGCAUCAAAUGAGGUUGCUACAGAGAAAUUUUCAAACGUGAUAACCGUUCGGACGCUUGUUUCGGAAUUGAGGGAAUGUGAAACGUACAAAGAGCGAAUACGGCAGCUGUGGCUCGUUUCACGACGUGAGGGCCGUGCCACUGGAUGCAUGAUUGUUUUGCACGAGCUUGCUAUACUGGCCUGUUUGUAUACAAUCGUACACUAUGGCAGCCACUUGUUGAGCGCUGGAUCAUUAACAUAUGGUGACCUGCUUGCAUUCAUUUGGUAUGCAUCGUUAUGUGCUCUCAGCCUUCCGAGCAUGGUGAAUUUCUACACCGAGCUUAUGAAGGGCCUUGGUGCAAGCGCAAGACUCUUCGAGCUUCGUAACAGAGUACCAAAAGUGCCAAUAACAGGUGGACUGAUCAAAAAAGAUCUCAUUGAUGGAAUUACGUUCGAGAAUGUUACUUUUGCGUAUCCCAAUCGUUCGUUGCUGUUUACAAACCUCUCUUUUCAUAUGCCAGCUGGUAAAACAACGGCCAUUGUUGGCCCUUCCGGAUCCGGAAAAAGCACGAUCGCAAAUCUGGUUCUGAGGCUAUUUGAGCCUAUUUCGGGCCAAAUCCUGGUUGAUGGUAUCGAUCUGAAAUUGAUUGAUCCUUCUCAUUGGCGGCGGCAAAUCGGCACUGUUGCUCAGUCUUGA